GGUAUUUUAGCCCUCUGCUCAGCCAGCUUUAACUUCAGUUUGGCAGCAGCAAUCACGCGAAUCAGUUCGAAACAGUAGCGAGACGACCCCAUACUAUUCGCCAUCCGUAUCCGAGUCACUGCAUCUGAAAAACUAUGUGGAAAACGCUGGGGCUUGACGGUUGACGAAUUUCAGAAUAGUCAUCACCUUGAGUGCAGAUCAUCAGCUGGGCUAAUUGAAUCGGGAUCGCAAAAAAAGUGGAAAAUAAUGAACGGACUGCAAUUGGGGGGAUAGCGGAUAAAGCUUGCCAAUUUUUGUUGCUAAAUAGCCGCGAACGCGACAAUCAGAGUGCUAAGUGAGCUAUCAAUCAGUUCGGACCGAGGUCAGCUGCAUUGUCAUGGCUGGAUUGGUGCUACUGUUCACCUGGCUGUUGGUCCACCUACUCCAGGUGGAUGCCCACUAUAUACAAAUUGACCAUGAAGAAUUUCGUGCCAGCGGCUUUCCGCAUCCGCACUUUCCGCCGCCUCCGCUAACGCCGCUGGAUCAUCUACCUCAGGUGCUGGCCGCCAAGGAGCUGACUCCCGCCGAGGUGAUGGUGGACCUGACCAACGACCUGACCCACCGCCUGCUCCACUACCAUUCCAUCCUGAACCGCAACAACUUCGCCUUCUCGCCCACUGCCUUGGUCAGUGUGCUGGUGGCUCUGUUCGAGGGUUCGGCCGGGAAUACCGCCGAGGAACUGCGCCAUGUCCUGCAGCUGCCCAACAACAGGGAUGUGACCCGCGUGGGCUACCGCGACAUCCAUCGACGACUGCGGACUUACUUUUUUGGCUCCGACAAUCCACUGAAAGGACUCAGCUUGAACAAGGGCAAUGUCACUGUUCUCAAGGACUUUGAGACGGUUCUUAUGUUUUACGGAUAUGACUUAAGUGUAGAUAUGCUCUCCUCCACACCAGCCAAUCUCACAUCAGAUGCCGAGUUGGUCAACACCACAAUGGCCAGCAAUACGACGACCAUGGAAAUGGAUGCGGAAACCACAACGUCAAAGGAUGCGGAGAGCACAACAGAAGAGCCGGCCACAACAACCACAGAGCCGCCGGCGACGACAACGGCAGAGCCACCAACCACCACCACAGAGACUCCAGCGGAAACGGAGGCCACCACAGAAGCACCUGCUGCAACAUCGGGUGAAGAGGAGGCCGCUGAGCCCGCUGGUGAGGAUGAAGCAGCCGAGUUAGUGUCCGCUUUUGUAGCCGAGGAGGACUCCGAGCCUCUCUUGCGCAUCCAGAAGGCUCGAGUCUCCAGAUUGCCCACCAGCAAACUACAGGCGCCGCUAAAGCAUUCGAAUCCAAUCACUCCCAAGCCCAUUUACCUGCCCAGUGCGCGAACAGUGGCCAUGCCAAUGCCAAUGAUGGCUCGCCAGGUGGCGGAGCGAAAGCCACCAGGAACACGGCAAGUAAUUUCUAUUAUAGCGCCAUCCGUGCAACCAGCAAACAUAUCGGUGACUCGCAAGACGAAGACAGCACGAUACAAGCGUCAUGCGAUACCAGCAUACAAGGAUCUGGAUGCAAAUCUCUUUCUGACCCUCUUCAAUCCGCACACGCAUGUCCCGCACCACCCGCUGCACUUUCCGCCGCCAGUGCCCGCUGCCUUUGCACCCAUCACGAAUGAUUUUGAGCCACACUAUAUCGGAGAGGCGGCCGAGGGAAAGUCCAACUAUAACACGGAUGUGAUCAGCCACGUAUUCUACUUGGGCAAUCAACAGGUGGUGCACACCACCUUCAAGGUAUAUAACGCAGUGCUGUACUACAAGUACUUUGAGCACCUGAAGAUGAGCGUGCUGGAGUUGGAAUUGGACACACCGGAGUACAACCUAAUGAUCCUGUUGCCCGACUACCACACGGAUAUUGUUGCAGCCGCCGCCUCCUUGAAACUGGGACCAACCCUUCGACUGAUGCGGAAGCAGUUGAAGCCACGCUGGGUGCAAGCCAUCAUUCCAGAUUUCAAGCUGCACGGCACCAUGUUUUUGACAAACGACUUGCAGAAUAUGGGAAUCUGCGACGUAUUCGAACCAAAUCGCGCCGAUUUCAGGCCCAUGACUGAGGAGAAGGGCGUCUACGUGCGACACAUUGAGCAAUCCAUAGACGUCACCAUCCGUACGCAUCCCAUCAAUCAGCUGAAGCGCAACUACGGCGCCCAAUCGAAGCCCAUUCAGAUCUCUGUGAAUCAUCCGUUUCUGUUUUUCAUCGUCGAUCGCGACUUGGACGUGGCUGUGAUGUCGGGCCGCAUACUGAAUCCGCUGAACGUACGCAUCCAAUGA